AAUUCUUUCACCUUGUGAUCCCACUUGAUUUUCUUUCUUUCUUUCAAAUCCAAAGUCCAAACCCAUCAGAUAUCAAAAGAAAUUUCAUCCCCAAAUUUCAGUUCCAAUGGCUCAAAAUCCGAAACCCCCUAGCAUCCUUGAAACAGUCGGAGAAGAAAUCAUCAGAAUCGUGACCCCCGUUUCAAUUUGUAUGUUGUUAGUAGUUCUUCUGGUCGCGAUCCUCAACACCGACACCUCCGAUUCUUCGUCAUCUCUCACAACCAUGGCCACCAUAGCUUACACCGAGGACCCCUCCGAUUCUCUCUGGAACAAAAUCAAAGGUGCCCUCUUGAAUUCCCUCGUAUUUGUAGCCAUUGUUACGGUAACAACUUUCCUUCUCGUCUUACUCUUCUACUUCAGAUGCAUUAAGUUCCUCAAAUUCUACAUGGCUUUCUCUGCUUUCAUUGUUUUGGGCUUCUUGGGUGGUGAAGUCGCUCUGUUCUUGAUCGAGAAGUACACUUUCCCUAUUGAUUGUAUCACAUUUUUGGUAAUUCUGUUCAACUUCACUGUUGUUGGGGGGAUGUCUGUUUUAAUGUCGAAUAUGCCGAUUCUGAUCAACCAAGGGUACCUGGUGGUUAUUGGGAUGUUGGUUGCAUACUGGUUCACCCUCUUACCCGAAUGGACUACUUGGGUUCUUUUGGUUGCCAUGGCUUUGUAUGACCUUGCAGCUGUCUUGUUGCCUGGUGGCCCUUUGAGGCUUUUGGUUGAACUCGCCAUAGAAAGAGAUGAAGAUAUCCCUGCUUUGGUUUAUGAGGCCAGGCCUGUGACUCAUGAUGAAUCAGCGCUGAGGCAGAGGCGGUUGUGGAGGGUAAGGAGGAGUGUUGAUUCUGGUCCAGCUGAGAAUUUGAAUCCCGAGUCUAAUUCUAGUUCAAAUGCAAACACUGUUUCCAAUUCGAUGAAUUGCCAAAAUGAGAGGAGGUUGGUUAUUGCUGAAGAGGGUCAACGUCCAGAAUUGGGUUCUGAGCUUGCAGUGCCUUUAAUUCCUCCUCCAUUGCAGAGUACACGAGAUGGACAAGAAGUACUUUCAAGUGAAAAUAUGCACCUUGAGGGAAUUGGCUUGGGUUCGUCAGGUGCAAUCAAGCUGGGGCUGGGAGAUUUUAUCUUUUACAGCGUGUUAGUUGGUAGGGCGGCAAUGUAUGAUUUCAUGACAGUUUAUGCCUGUUAUCUUGCAAUCAUAGCUGGUCUUGGUAUUACUCUAAUGCUUCUAGCGCUUUAUCAAAAGGCCUUGCCUGCUCUUCCAGUGUCAAUACUGUUAGGUGUACUGUUCUACUUCUUGACUUGUAUGUUGCUUGAAGCUUUUGUUGUACAAUGUUCGAUCAACCUCAUUAUGUUCUAGAUUGAAUACUUUCCCUUCUCAAUCCUGGCAAGGAGUUCACUGAUCUUUCUCUCUGUGUUUGUAUGCUGGUUUAUUUCACUUCAUUAAUUUCUAUUUCGAAGGAGAAUCGAUGUUCUCA